CGGAGGCAGCGCGGGGGCUCGCGGCGCGCACACAAGCGGGAGGGCGGCGCCGCGGCAGCGGACCCGGGGCUCUGGGCCCCGCGGAGACCCGCGCUCCCGCCGCCUGGUCCCGGGCCAAGCGCUGGGGCCCUGUGGGGCGGGGCGGGAGCCUGCGCGCUGGGAGGCGACGGCACAGCGGGCAGUGGCGCGCGUGGGAAACGCUCGCCGAGGAGUUGGAAGAAUUGAGCCUGGCUGCGAGGGGCCAGAAGGGUGGGGCAGAGCGCGCGGCGGGCGGGUACCCCCGAGCCUGCGGAGGCGGCGCGGGACCCGGGCGCGGGCGGCUCCCGCGCGCGGAUCGGGGUAUCUGCGGCCCGCGCCCCUCUGGGGGAGGCCCCGCGAGCCUCGCCCAGUGCCGGCCCGCGGGCCGGCGGCGAUGCUGGAGCGGCCGCCCGCGGGGCGCGUGCUCCCGGGCCCCCGCGGUCGCGACGCUGCGGGGUGCUCCCUCUCCUGGGCGGCCAGCACAGGGCGGGGGUGCGAGCCCCGCAGCGGCCGCACCUGGGCGCGCCGCCCCGCGAGCCUCCUGGAGAGCGGCCCUCCGGCGCCCGCGAUGCUGCCCUUCGGAGACAGGACCAGGGAGAUGGUCAACGCGUGGUUUGCUGAGAGAGUGCACACCAUCCCGGUGUGCAGGGACGGCGUCCGAGGCCACCCCGAGUCCUGCGCCUGCCCCUCGCCGCAGAGCCCGCGUGCAGACAGCAGUGCCCCUGGGACGCCCGCCAGGAAGAUCUCUGCCUCGGAGUUCGACCGGCCCCUCAGGCCCAUCCUGGUCAAGGACUCCGAGGGCACCGUGAGCUUCCUGUCCGACUCGGGGAAGCCGGAGCAGAUGCCUCUCACCCCGCCACGCUUUGACAGUGACGACGGCGACCAGUGCUCCAGGCUGCUGGAGCUGGUGAAGGACAUCUCCAGUCACCUGGACGUCACGGCCCUGUGCCACAAGAUCUUCCUGCACAUCCACGGGCUCAUCGCGGCCGACCGCUACUCCCUGUUCCUCGUGUGCGAGGACAGCGGCAACGACAAGUUCCUGGUCAGCCGCCUCUUCGACGUGGCGGAGGGGUCCACGCUGGAGGAGGCCUCCAACAGCUGCAUCCGCCUGGAGUGGAACAAGGGCAUCGUGGGGCACGUGGCCGCGCUGGGCGAGCCCCUGAACAUCAAGGACGCCUACGAGGAUCCCCGGUUCAAUGCCGAAGUUGACCAAAUCACAGGCUACAAGACACAAAGUAUCCUUUGUAUGCCAAUUAAAAAUCACAGGGAGGAGGUCGUUGGUGUGGCCCAGGCCAUCAACAAGAAGUCGACCAGUGGCGGGACUUUCACGGAGAAGGACGAGAAGGACUUUGCUGCCUACCUGGCUUUCUGUGGCAUCGUCCUUCACAACGCCCAGCUCUACGAAACCUCGCUGCUGGAGAACAGGAGGAAUCAGGUGCUGCUUGACCUGGCCAGCCUGAUUUUUGAGGAGCAGCAGUCGUUAGAAGUGAUUCUGAAGAAAAUAGCAGCCACCAUCAUCUCCUUCAUGCAGGUGCAGAGCUGCACCAUCUUCAUCGUGGACGAAGACUGCCCCGAGUCCUUCUCCAGCGUGUUCCACAUGGAGUGUGAAGAAGGAGGCUCGUCAGACACCCUAACAAGGGAGCGCGAUGCCGGCAAAAUCAACUACAUGUACGCUCAGUAUGUCAAGAACACCAUGGAGCCACUUAAUGUCCCCGACGUCACCAAGGACCACAGGCUGCCCUGGACGAAUGAAAACACAGGAAGUGUGAACCAGCGGCGCAUUACAAGUUUGCUGUGUACACCUAUAAAAAAUGGAAAGAAGAAUAAAGUCAUAGGGGUCUGCCAGCUGGUCAACAAGAGGGCCGAGAACACGGGCGAGACCCAGCCGUUCAGCCGCAGCGACGAGCAGUUCCUGGAGGCCUUCGUCAUCUUCUGUGGCUUGGGCAUCCAGAACACGCAGAUGUACGAGGCGGUGGAGAGAGCCAUGGCCAAGCAGAUGGUCACCCUGGAGGUCCUGUCCUAUCACGCCUCGGCGGCCGAGGAGGAGACCAGGGAGCUGCAGGCCUUGGCGGCUGCUGUGGUGCCGUCUGCUCAGACCCUCAGGAUCACAGACUUUGGCUUCAGUGACUUCGAGCUGUCGGAUCUGGAGACGGCGCUGUGCACCAUCCGGAUGUUCACGGACCUCAGCCUCGUGCAGAGCUUCCAGAUGAAGCAUGAGGUGCUGUGCAGGUGGAUCCUGAGCGUGAAGAAGAACUACCGGAAGAACGUGGCCUACCACAACUGGAGGCACGCCUUCAACACCGCCCAGUGCAUGUUCGCCGCGCUGAGGGCCGGCAAGCUCCAGAACAAGCUGACGGACCUGGAGGUGCUGGCGCUGCUGAUCGCCGCGCUCAGCCACGACCUGGAUCACCGCGGCGUGAACAACUCCUACAUACAGCGGACUGAGCACCCGCUGGCCCAGCUCUACUGCCACUCCAUCAUGGAGCACCACCACUUCGACCAGUGCCUGAUGAUUCUGAACAGCCCGGGCAACCAGAUUCUCAGUGGACUCUCGGUUGAAGAAUACAAGGCCACGCUGAAGAUGAUCAAGCAGGCGAUCCUGGCCACAGACCUGGCGCUGUACGUCAAGAGGCGAGGAGAAUUUUUUGAACUGAUAGAAAAGAAUCAAUUCAACUUGGAAGACCCUCAUCAGAAGGAGUUGUUUCUAGCCAUGCUGAUGACGGCUUGUGACCUCUCUGCCAUCACGAAACCCUGGCCCGUCCAGCAGCGGAUAGCAGAACUGGUAGCAGCUGAAUUUUUUGACCAAGGAGACAGAGAGAGGAAGGAACUCAACAUCGAGCCCACGGAUCUGAUGAACAGAGAGAAGAAAAACAAAAUCCCCAGCAUGCAGGUUGGGUUCAUCGACGCCGUCUGCCUGCAGCUCUACGAGGCCCUGACCCACGUGUCGGAGGACUGCUGGCCUUUGCUGGAGGGCUGCAGGAGGAACAGACAGAAGUGGCAGGCCCUGGCAGAGCAGCAGGAGAAGACGCUGGUCAACGGGGAAAGCAGCCAGGCCAAGCGGAACUGAGGGGCCGCUGGCGCGGUGUGGAAGAGUCAGAGGGCACCUCUGCGGAGCCCCCGUCCCCCUGUGCACCGUGCAGACAUCCUGUCCACACGCGGCCACUGCUGUAUUCUUGUUUCUGCACGACUUUCCAGAGCACAGCAUGGUGUGCUUUUAGGGGACAUUUCCACAGCUUCUGGACACGUGUCCGAGCCGCUGGACUGAAGCCGUGGUGGCCCCCUGCUGGGGUGCAGGUGCUGCUCCGCAGCUGUUUCCUGCUCCGGGUUUAUAAUAACUGGUUCCUGUGUUUUCUGAGUUGCCAGUCUUUCAACAAGGUUUGGAAUCUUGCUUUUCUCCACUGGAGGCUAGGAGCAUAUUGACUGCAUCCUGGGGCAUGCACCCCACGACCCCCAAGGGCAUGCUAGCCUCACUGGCCGAGGUCAGCAGGGGAGUGAGGAGGGGCCCGAUCCUGCAACCAGCCAGAGGAAUGCCCACAGGAGGUCCUUCUGAGAAGCAGUGGUUUGAAUUCUGAACUUUUUGAAAAUAAUUUUCUCAUCUUUCAUCUCCUUUAAAACCACAGUCUGUACAUCAGCGUCCUAGAUCUCAACAGAAAAGUGGUCUAGGCGCUGACCUAGAGGAGGCGUGGCUCGAUGAUGGAGCACGGAGCCUGUCUCUCGUUUCAUCUGCCAGGUGCAGCCUGGAGGAAAGUCCUAUUCGUGUCAGCAGCAGACACUCUCCAGACAGGAGCUGCAGGAACAGGAAAGGAGCCUCAGCCAAAUGAGAUCGGCAGCACUGGGACGCUGCGUGUUCUGGCUCACAGGGCAAGUCCGGCCUGAGCCAGCGAGGCUCGGCGCCCCGCUGGCCACAGUGCGGGUGACCCCCCCACGGCUUCCAGCACAGUGCACACCUUCCUGGGGUCUGAGCCCAGUGCAGCGCCCCUGAGUUCCUGUUUGCCCAGCGCUGGGAAAGCAGGGUGGAGAAGCCGCCCUUGGAAAGGACUUCUGCUCCAUGUGUGCAGACUUCAGAUCGGGGGAGCAGGAAGUCUGGUCUGUCCCAGCACCCUGCCUUGGUCAGGUGCAUCGCUGUGACAAGACACCUGACAAGACCCAGGAAGAGCGGGCUUAGGGUUCAGUCCCUGGUGACGGCUUCACCGCUCUGGGCCUGGUGUGGGGCAAGCAUCAUGGUGGAGGAGGCCGCUCGGCCCCCUGCAGCUGGGAAGAGCGGCAAGGGCCUUGGGCAAGAGCACCCCUGGGCAGCCCCCGUGACCCACCUCCUCCCCACACCCCACCUGCCAGUCACCACCCCAGGGGUCCAUUCCAGCUCGGGCCUCUUGCCAUCCAUCCACUUCUCCUCCGCAUGUCCCUGCCCCGACGGGAGCUCUGGGGACACCUCACAUGCAGCCACAGCACGCUCUCCCACCUUCCUGUGAGGAGAGGAGAGGUGUUUGCUCUGGGAGGCUGUCACCGAGGCGGGCCAGGCCCCCUGGGCAGGGGUGUGCCGCUGUCUCAAGCCUUCCAGGGCCUGUGGCUCCGUUCAAUCCUCUUACUCCCUAGGCCUCGGCAUGUCCCUCUGAGUGGUGCAUGUGUUGAGGCACGGGCUCUAUUCCUGCCCUUCAAUCAAGAGGAGGCAGGACGAAGGGCGCGGCCGUCCCUGGUGGGGGGCGUGUCCAGGAAGCCCCCACUGGUGUUGCUACACGACUGGACCUUCAGCAUGUGGCUUUAUUUUAUGACACAGAUGAAAGCUAAGGUUGCCUCUUGGUGGCCCUGGAGUGUGAAUUACACAGAUUCACCAGCAACAGUCGUGCCUGCAUACUGAACACACUGUGCACGCUUGCACAAUUCCCUAGAGUAGAGUCUCUGAUAAGCUCUUUCCGUCACACCCCCAUGAUCUACCAGUUAUGCCAAAAUACACAGCCACACUCUCGGGCAGUUUAUUCAGACCCCCCUGACGUGUGCUACUGAGACAGGUUCUACGCGGAGGACUCGUGUGUGUGUUUCAGCAAGCAUUUGGGUAAGGCGUUGGCUUGUUUUUAGAUAGCAGUUUUUAUUUCAUUGGUUUGGACAGCAAAGAAGUCAGGCAGGGCCUGCUGCUCUGCCUUGAUGCUGGCGCUGCAGCUCAGAGGGAACCCAGGUGUCUGCGGGGCUGGCUGGCUCCGCUGUCCUGACUGGUGGGCAUCGUUGCAGAUUAGGAUUGCUACCCGUGGGCCAGGGGCCCAGAUCCAUUCUGUUCUGCAAAUGCUUCCUUUCCAGGACCUUCACGUUGGGAAACAGCAGAGUCCUUCCUGACCCCACCCUGUACUUAUAGUACCCACGACUUGUAAGAAAUUGUUCUUGCUCUAGGCUGGUAGGUUGGCUGGUUGGGAAUAGCAGACGAAUGUGAUACCACUUAACUUCAGUUCUCAGCCAGAAAAGCCCCAGUACUUUGCUGACUGGUUUGAAGAGUCUGCACAGCUUCUGGCCUCCUGUUUUUCAGAGUAUUGGCCUUUCUAGUCACCAUGAUGUGAAUUCAGAGGGUGUGCACCCUUUCUAGGCCUGUGCAGAGUUAGGGGGGACAAGGAUGCAGCCCUGGGGUGCCCAGUGGGCCUCGGAGACCCAUGGGAACGGAGCACAGGGCCAGAGAAAGCUCAGAGCCCACAGGUCCUGGCACUUGAGUUUCCAAGAAGGAGAAACGGCGGGUCCUGCAGGGUGUGGUCUCAGGCCCUUUGAGCGCCCUGCCGGGGCACAGACUGAGGCGAUGCGUUGUCCCUCGCUCCUCCCCUUGACCGGGGUCCUCUCAUGCAGGCCUGGAGCUAAGAGUGAGAACAGUCUGAAGGGCCGGGCUCCUGGAGGACCAGGGCCCCAGAGGCUCGGCCAGCAGGGAAGUGCCUUCAUUUCAGCAGGUGGCACAGGCGCCACAGGGCUCCAGGUGGCCCCGCAGCUCACCAGGCCGCCUCACGUGAUGCGCUUGCUUUGUUUUUUGUUGUGUUUUUAAACGGGACCGAUUUGAGAUGAGGGGAAAGGCAGCUGCGGUCUCCUCCUGAGAGCUGCGGGGUAGUUGGGAGGGAGGAGGGGCAGGGUGGCCCUGCCACAGGCAGGUGAGCCUGUGCACAGGUGCAGGAAGGGCUGCCCACCCGCCCCAUGUGGGGCCAGCACACAGCUGCCUGCCCGCUCCCCGCCGCCUGCACACCAGGCCUCCUCCUCGCCCCAGGCUCCCGCGGGAUCCGUCAGAUCGCGUCCCUUGUCCCCGUGUGACUCUUGGGGCUGUGAACUGGGCAGUGCUGACCCCCGUGCUCAGGGCGCCCUCCACACCCCUCCAAAGCCUGUGUGGCCGUAUCCUGUGAAUGUAGCUGGAAGCCAUGUAAAUAGUGGGAAUAGGAAUUUCUGGGACAGCUUAAGAAAGGAGACCUUGUGAAUCACCACUAGCCACUGUUAAAUCUAUUUGUAUUCUUAUACCUUUUCAAUAUGUUUGGACAAAUACAUAGUUUCUGGCACUAUUUUUAUACUAGGAUGAAGGAGUCACUGUGUACCUCACCAUUUAGCUUUGCAGUCACAGUGAUCGUCAUGAAAGUCGAUCGCCGCCUUCUCCCACCAAGAGCCCCCGAUGGCUCUUCUGUGACACCCACCCACCCCUGGCACUGUGCAGUCGCAAGCCGGCCAGGGAGGUCCCUGCACUGUGCAGACUCACCUGUCUGCUUCUUGGAGUUGCCGUGCUUGGUAGAAUAAAGAAUGAAUGGGUCCCUGGAGUGCCGUGUGAUUAU